UGCUUAUAGGUUACCUAUAGGGGUUGGAGAAAUCCUUUUAACCUGGCUCUGGGCCUACAGCAGCUUCCUUUGUCCUCAGCCAGAACUGUUCGUAACUAGGAGGAAGGGGCUCUGGUCUGCAGCUGGCCCUAGAUAUGCCGGAGGGCUGUUUGACUGCUUCUGCCCCCCGCCUCCUCCUGUCUUUGCUGGUAGCAGCCAGGAGGAAGGAAGAUGGAUUUAGACACAGCGGAAGAGAAUCCUGGCUUCUGCUGCUUCAGGGCGGCUGGGCGCAGGGGCCACCGAGCCAGCCUCGAUCAUACUGGCACGGGUUCUUUCACCAAAGGAUCGCGAGUUGCGAUUAAGCAAGAGUGUCCUCUUUUUGCAAAUGGAAAGGAAGAAUGAGGGCAAGACUAAACAAGGAACAAGGUUGGCCAAACCCCCCAAAACUUGCCACACAACAGGAAUUGCACAAGGAAGUGUUAAUACCAACAAUGACUAAAGUACAUGGAAAACACUGGGAAACAUGGAAAAGGCACCGGUUCAAGAAACAGCCACCUGCCGCCAAAUUGUACAAGUUCAAAAGAGCAGCAAGGUUCAAAGGAGCAGCAGCAAACUGCCGGCGUGCUGGAGUGCGUUUUCGCUAAUCUUCUUCAGUUCAUGUGUGUCCUCUUCAGCGCAUAGGUCUGAGCAUGUCGCAGAAAUUCUUAAAAGAAGAAUUUGUAAGUAACCUGAAUGGGACGACCUUGCUUGAGAUCUCCAUUGGUUUAACUCUAGCGCCGUUAUGUCUGCUAUCGAGAGGACUGCUGUUGAUCUUGUAUUUUCUUCACCGGGGAAGAACUCUGAGUUCAAAGAGCAUCCAUUUCUCCCUGGACUUUGCUGUUCUCGUUGUCCCUCCCAUAUUCUGCUGUACGGUUCUGGCUCCCGUCCUCCCCUGGGCUAUACUUUUGAUUAUGACAUUUUGUGCCGGCUUGGUUUAUAAAAUAUAUUGCAGAAGAACCGCUUACCUCAAAGUGCCCUUCCGGCAAACCCUACGUGACUUUCUGAACACGAGUUUAGAACCGGAGUACGUUCCUUCCAUAACCGUCUUCCGAGUGUACGUCAACGUGUUAACGUCCAUCAGCAUUCUGGCUGUGGAUUUCCCACAGUAUCCACGCCGGUAUGCCAAGACGGAGACCUACGGAACAGGAGUUAUGGAUUUUGGAGUCGGAUCUUUUGUUUUCGGGAAUGCCGUGGUUUGUCCUGAAGUGCGGAGGAAGCCAGGCGCGGUGCGGAGCAAGUUCUUCUACCUCAUGAGGCAAUUCUUUGCUGUGUGGCCGCUUCUUCUCCUUGGCUUUGGACGACUGAUGAGCGUUAAGGUGUUCAAGUACCAUGAACACGUGUCAGAGUACGGCGUACACUGGAACUUUUUCUUCACGCUGGCCAUUGUGCGAAUGGCGGCAUCUUUGCUCUUGACCUUAUUUCCCGUGCGCAAAGCGUGGAUCGUAGCUGCAGCCCUUGCCGUAGUUUAUGAAUGUUUUCUCACCUUCACACCCCUGAAGAUGUACAUCCUGAAGAAGAGGGACGACCGAGACUUAAGGGAUGGAUUUUUAAAUGCCAACAGAGAGGGUGUCUUCUCUGUCAUUGGCUACCUUGCGAUCUACAUGGCGAGCGUCCAAGUGGGCUUGUACCUGUUAAAGAAAAGAGGCUCGGUCCGGGAGUGGUUUGGAGUGAUACGAUCCUUCUUGUGGACAAUUCUUAUUCUCUUUUUGUUCCUCCAUGCGGCGCAGACAUAUGUAGAAGCCGUAUCCCGGCGAAUGGCAAAUCUCUCGUUUUGUAUCUGGGUCGUCACUUACGGCCUUUUGCUCUUUAGCUUAUUUUUAGCGGCUGAUCUUGUUUUGGUGUUUGCAAAGCUUCUGGUAGCGGGAGCCACUGUUCCUUGCAGUUGGAAUUUUACCCAGCCAUCUGUAAUGAAUAAAAAACAUGAUCUGGAACCCCAGGACAGGCAAAGGCUAUCCCAAAAUGUAUGCAUGGUCAGUGCUGUUAACAAAAACCAACUGCUUUAUUUCUUGCUGGCAAAUGUCUUGACGGGCCUUGCGAACAUGAUGGUCGAUACGAUUAAUAGUAACACUGUUUUUGCCAUGUUUGUUCUGCAUUUGUACAUGCUUGCGAAUUGUCUGGUUAUGUAUAUAUUGCAAACAAAAAAUGUCGUCCUAAAGUGGUGGUAAUUUAUAGAUUUAUAAAGGGCGGGCUAUGGAGAGCACAAGGCAGGAAUGCUCACGAAAGAAUUGGGACUUUCUUAUUCAAGGGUUUGUUUGUUUUUAAAGAUCCCAUUUCUGAAACUUGGGCACCAGGGCCAUUAAAAUCCAGGUGUAUUCAUGUCAGUUUGCAUGGAACAUUUGUAGAUGGAUUGGAACCAAAGGUCUGGUUUAUACGCACGUUCAGACCUAAAGCCAAUUUGUCUGUUUGUCACACUGGGUUUGUCACACUGGGUUUUUCUGUGAAUCCUGUCCUCAUGUCUUAAAAGUUACCUGCAGACUAAAUCCCCAGCUUUAGAGUUUAGAGAUUUUUGGAGAAAUUCUUGGAGAUUUGUGGGGAGUGGAACCUGAGGAAGACAGGAUUUAGGGAAUGGGGUGGCCUACCUAUGGUGCUCCAGAUGUUCAUGGACUACAGCACCCAUCAGCCCCUGGCACAGGCUGAUGGGAAUUGUAGCCCAUGAACAUUUGGAGCACCAUAGAUUGGCCACCCCUGGAGGGUGUAUAUGGAAUUGAACGUUAAAAACACAUGGGUCGCUGUAUUUUUGGAUUAUUAUUAUUUUUUAAUUGUGAACGAUGCUGAGCAGUUUGGGGAAGGCAGGAUAACAAUAAAGCAAUUCUAGGUUUGUUUUUAACAAGUAUUCUGUUCACAGAUGCUGGUCUGGCCCAGUUCUAUCCUUGUUUACUUAGGAGUAAUCCCACAUUUCAGUCUGUUCCCCUCAUACUUUUUCUACUGUCUGCAGUAGUGAGAAGGAUUUUUUAAAAUUUUUUACAUUAUUGAAGGUGGAGGGCUCUAUGUAGGUCUGCCAGCUGUACCACCUCUGGCUUGAUUCUAGUACAUAAAGUCUAUCAUGUAUUCUUUUUGUGAAUUUUUGUAGCCUGUGUAAGAAUGGCCACUUUACUGAUUUUCUUGAAUUGAUUGGACCAAAAUGCAAUUAAUAUUUUAUGUUGUGGGUCACCAGCACGAUACAAGAACACCAUAAGAACAUAAGAACAUAAGAACAAGCCAGCUGGAUCAGACCAGAGUCCAUCUAGUCCAGCUCUCUGCUACUCGCAGUGGCCCACCAGGUGCCUUUGGGAGCUCACA